UUGGUGAUGGAGCACAACCAGUUGUCUGUGGUCAUACAAAGUUUGCCUCACGUCUAUGCAGUGCCGAAGCUGAUCGAUCAGACAAAGGUGUUCAUUGAGAAGCAGCAACUACUGGAGGCUCAUGUCAAUCUACGUGAUAUGGAGAGCCUGAGAGACGAUGUGUUGUACAGGCUACAGAAGGCCAGGCCAUUGUUUAGCACCACUGAGGAUGGCCAUCAGAAUGGGGAAGCUUUGGAUCUAGUUAGACAGUUUUUUGCCAGGGUUCAGGAUCUGAGUGAGGAAUUGGGUUGUACUAUGUUCUCACUGGCUCACUCAGCCCUGACUGUAGCACACUGCGACCCAUCAAUCCUGGUCUCUGCUGUCCGCAUCAUUGAGCGAGAAGAACUUCUGGAUGUUGAAGAGUCGAGGGGUCCUCCACAGCUCUUGUGGAAACCUCCAGGACGACCCAAGAGAUGG